AUGUUUUAUGCAGUUGAGUAUCUUCCUGUGUUUUUGAAAUGUUUCUCUGACAGGACUGAAAUGUUUGCUGCCAGUUGCUAUAUAAUUAUCUUCAUUAUAUUUCUGAAUGAUUUUGCGAACGCAAGCUUCCAAAACUGCAUUAAUGUUGCUGAACUUUUUGAUAAAUUCCUACAUGGGUCAAGCCUUGAGGAGUGCUAUUCAGCAGUUGCUUCUGUUGCCAACUGGUGGCUUGAUCUUCUUGAUAAUCAAGGAAAGGACAUUGCAGACAGUGAAUUGCUUGAUUACAUAUCAGAAUCAAGCACAAUGAGCAAGUCCUUAGCAGACUACGGUGAACAAAAGUUAUGUGCAGUAACCACUGCAAAACGCCUUGCUGACUUUCUUGGUGAUACAAUGGGAACCCCAGUCAGUGAGCGUGCUGUUCCUGUUCCUGUUGCCAUAUUUGAAACUGAUACUGAAAUUAUGAAGUUUUAUGUAAAGAAGUGGUGCAAGAUUUCAUCAGAUGUUGGCAUCCGCUCCAUUGUUGAUUGGUCUUAUUACAAGCAACGGCUUAGUUCGGCUGUUCAAAAAAUUAUCACCAUUCCUGCUGCAAUGCAGAAGGUUGCGAAUCCCGUUCCUAGAGUAGUUCAUCCUGAUUGGUUGCAUAAGAAGGUUCGUGAAAAGGAAGACAAAUUUCGCCAACGGAAACUAGUCGAUAUAUUCAGUUCAUCGAACAAGGAAGGUCGAAUGCAGCCGAGAACUGAUGCUAAUGCCCCUAACCAUGCAAUUGACGAACAGAAUUUUGAAGAUGUGGAAGACUUCAGGAAAAAAGGAAGGACUUCUGUUGUUGGACCUAGACCUAUCAUUCAUUGUUACGGGGUCAAUAAUGAGCAGCAUCCGGUGAAGACAAAUUGUCUACUAAAUCUUCCACAGCAGAUUGGUUGUGGUGGAAGUUUGAGUGAACUGUUAAUUCAUCUCCAAGAAAAUGCUAUCCCUAAGGAAAACAUAGACAGAAAUGUGGAUUAUCAAGGAUGGCUUGAAUUAAAGAAGAGAAAGUGGAAAGAGACUCGUGAGAAAAGGAAGCGACAAAGGUUGGACAAAUUAAAGGCAUUAAACCAAACUAAUGCUAUUGCUGAGGUGUCUGGUAGUGUGGUCAAUCACAAACAAGCUCGGGGAAGAAAUGGGGUCAACUCUUAUUUUGAGAAGCAUGAGCUUGCCCUUAUGGGUAACCACUGGCAGAUAAUUCAGCUUGUACCAAGUUCAAAGCAUGGGCAAUUUUUUGCCUGGGUGGUUGUUGAAGGAACUAUGCGUAAGAUUACUUUAAGUGUUCCUCGAGUAUUCUACCUCAACUCUAAGCUCCUGUCACAGAAGAAUUUCCUGGAAGGGAAUAUAUGAAACAAAGGUGCCAUUGGAGUUCAAUGCUCUCCUCCAGAUGGGUUGUGUCUGUAAAGUGGAUAAAAGAGCCAAGAAGCGAAAUAUUAAAGAUGGCUGGAGUCUAAGCGAAUUGCAUAUGAAGACAACAACAGAAUGCUCUUAUCUGGAGCACUCGAUCUCUUUCUUCUACUUGUAUCACAGGUAAACUGUGGUGCAGUGUUAAUAAUAAGGUCACUUGUCUUUAAGCACUACUAAAG